CAAUAUCACUAGCCCUACCACUCUUCUUCUUCGUCUUCUCUCUCUCUCUCUCUGUCUCUCUCCCUAUCUCUCUAACAAUGGCGGACGUGGUUCAGUACAAGCUCGAGCGCAUGGUGGACGAGCUCAACGACCUCGAGUGCCGAGGACUCUUCUCGCGACGCGAGAUUGCAGAGAUUGUGAAGCAGAGAAGGAAGUUCGAGUACAGGCUCAAGCGUCCGAGCCCUCUCAAACAGGACUUCAUAGCCUACAUAGACUACGAGAAGCAGCUUGAAGCUCUCCGGCUACUCCGCAAGAAGGCUGUGGCUCGGGAGCUGAAGAAGCAGAACAAGAAGAUGAAGAAAUCAGUUUCCGAUUUCGCUGGAGUUUCGAGGAUUCUGGAGAUAUAUCGGCUCGCGACGAACCGGUUUAAGGGCGAUAUUGAGCUCUGGUUUCAGUAUCUGGAGUUCUGUAGGGAACGCAAGAAUGGACGAAUGAAGAAGGUCCUGGCUCAGCUAAUUAGAUUUCAUCCCAAAGUGCCUGGGGUCUGGAUAUAUGCUGCGGCUUGGGAGUUUGAUCACAACUUAAAUGCUGCAGCUGCCCGUGCUCUCAUGCAAAGCGGUUUGAGAUCGUGCACAACUUCAGGGGAUCUUUGGGUGGAGUAUCUUCGUAUGGAACUCACAUACCUUAAUAAGUUAAAGGCAAGGAAAGUUGCUCUUGGAGAAGAUGAGGGAUCACUUAUUCGUGAUCAUCGAGAUGCUGAUGAGAAACAAUGGAGAGAUGAAAACAAAGAAUUAUUUAUGGUCCUUGACGAGAAAAGAGAGAAUGACAAGGAAUCAAAUGUCCAAAAUGGAGAAUCCAACAAGAAAUUGGAUUUGUUCCAGGAGCAUGGUUUGAGCAUUCUUCGAACUGUUUAUAGUGGUGCAGUUGAAGCCCUCCCUUCUAGUUUCAGCCUUAGAACACGAUUUAUUGAGAUACUGGAAGCAACUGACUUAGCUCAUUCAGAAGAAAUGCUAAAUGAGAUACUAGCUGACAUGAAAAGAGAUUUUUCAAAAGAACCAGAAUAUUGGGACUGGCUUGCAAGACUCGAGACAACUGAUUCUAAAAGCACACAGAAGAUGGGUAAAGAAAUCAUGCCCUGUCAGUUAGAGAAAGCAAUUCAGGUUUAUGAAGAGGCUAUAAAAGUUUUGCCUUCAGCCAUUAUGUUUACUCUCUAUACAAGGUUUUUGAAGGAUGCUAUUGUUCAUAAAAAUGAAGAAACACAAAGUUCCGGGGUCUUCAGUCCUGAUGAUCAUACUAAGGAUCCUAUUUCAUGUAUUUUGAUGGUAUAUGAAAGGGCAGAGAGCAUGGGAUGCAUUACGGAAGAUCUUGCUUGCCAACAUGUUUCAUUUUACCUGCAACUGAGGAGAUUGGAGGAAGCUAGGAAGCUGGCAGAAAAAUUGUGCAAUGGAAAACUUUCAGAUGCAGUGGAUUUGUGGGUUCUGAGGCUUUCAAUAGAGAUGAGAUGUGUUACAGAGAAAUCUAGUUCUCCUAGUAAAGCUGACGUACUGCCUGUCUUUGAACUCCUGAAAAAUGUUCUUAAAGAAAUGAUCGUUAGGAAAGCUGAGAGCUUGUGGAUUAUGGCCCUAAAGUUUUUCUCAAAUCAAAGAUAUUAUUUUGACAAGCUGGUGGAGAUUUCCCUGGUUUCAUUAGCUAAAGAUGGUGGCAGUGAUGAUGGAUUUUCCUUGUCUUCUGCUAUUGUAAACUUUGUUCUUCAGAAGGAUGGAAUUCAGUGUGCAAGGGAUACAUACAAACGAUUUCUUGCUUUACCCCGUCCUGGUCUUGCACUUUAUAAAAAUUGCAUUGAGUUGGAAACAAACCUUGCUUCUGCUGGUGAUAGAGAUUGUCUUCUAGAAGUCCGGAAAUUAUAUGAAUCUGUGCUUGCAACUUAUGAACAAGAUGUGAGCUUGUGGAAAAGUUAUUAUUCUAUGGAGACUAAGAUGGGAACAUCAGAAACAGCUAACGCUGUCUAUUGGCGUGCGCAGAAGUUGCUUAAGGACAAGGUUGCACAUUUGUCUUCUGCAUUUUUGUGAUGGAUACCUGCAUAUAUGUACCAAUCACUUCCAAUUUUGACUUGCCUAUUCUCUUUGCUUUAAAUGAAUUUAUUUGAUGGAAAAAAAAAAACACUAAUUUGAGUUCAUUAUUUCUGGCAGAAUGGCAGUGUGUAAUGUGCUAUUUACAUUAUGUGUGAUUAUUGUUGGUUGUGGUGGUUGUUUUAGUUUUUUUCCAGGGAAAAGGGACUGAAAAACCCAAACCCAAAACCAAAACCAUUUAACAGGUCAUUGUGUUUACACUUAGUGCUAUGAACUUGGUGGUAAAUUAAAGUUUGUCAAAUAAUUGUUUGAAA